AUGGUCAUUAAUAAAAAUAAUGAUUUUAGAGUGAAAAGGUUAGAAUUUUUAACUAAAAUAUCUACGCAAGAGUUUAAAGGACCCAACUAUGGCAUGGACGGAAGAACGGAUGCUUCAACAAACUUCAAUUCGGGUAAAAAAAUAUUUUAUUGCAUACACGAAAAUGAACAUUGUCACAACAACCAAUUGCCUGAAGUAGAUAAAGUUGCCAGAAGGAAACUCAUAAUAGUUUCAGUUCUGUGUGUGAUGUUUAUGAUUGCUGAAGCUGUUGGAGGAUACUUAUCGAAUAGUUUGGCAAUUGCUACGGAUGCAGCACAUCUAUUAACGGAUUUUGCCAGUUUCAUGAUAAGUUUAUUUUCACUUUGGGUCUCUUCAAGACCUGCAACGAGAAAAAUGUCAUUUGGAUGGUAUAGAGCUGAAGUUAUAGGUGCUUUAACUUCCGUUUUAUUGAUAUGGGUAGUAACUGGUAUAUUGGUUUAUUUGGCAAUACAAAGAGUUAUUAGUGAAACAUUUGAAUUGGAUGCUCAACUCAUGCUCAUAACUUCCGCCAUUGGUGCUGUUAUCAAUUUAAUAAUGGGACUUUCCCUUCAUUAUCACGGACAUUCACAUACGGAUUCGAAAAAGGAAAAUAUUAAUGUGAGAGCAGCUCUUAUUCACAUCAUUGGAGAUUUUAUACAAAGUUUUGGCGUUCUUGUUGCAGCUUUAAUUAUAUUUUUCAAACCAACGUGGAUUAUUGUUGAUCCAAUUUGCACUUUUUUGUUUUCAAUUCUUGUUAUAAUAACGACUUUUGCAAUUAUUCAAGAUACCAUAAAUGUGUUAAUGGAAGGAUUACCAAAAGGAAUUGAUUUUGUACAAGUAACAGAAACUUUUUUAAGCAUUGAAGGAGUUGUAAAAGUUCACAGUUUAAGAAUAUGGGCUUUGAGUUUGGAUAAAAUUGCACUUUCUGCUCAUCUUGCCAUUAAACCAGGAGUUAAUCCUCAAAAAAUACUCACCACUGCUUCAAAAUGCAUAAGAUCUAAAUAUAACUUUUUUGAAAUGACACUACAAGUUGAAGAAUUUCAAGAUAAAAUGGAUCAUUGUUUUCAAUGUCAGAUGCCUGAAAAAUAA